AGCAUGUCCAAUUUCUCCUUAAGAAAAACGUCUCCCACAGGAAAUGCUAUGAAGAGCUGCACUCAGGGGAGCACCCAGAGACAACAGGGUUUCCUCGAGGUGAACAAAAGGAGAACUUUCUUACAGGAUAACAGCUGGAUAAAGAACCGACCUGAAGAAGAAAGAGAUGAAAAUUACGGUAGGGUGGUGCUCAACCGACAUAACUCCCAUGAUGCCUUGGACAGGAAAACAAAGGAGAUAAAUGAGCUAAAAGCCACGAUUAGCCGGUACAGAUCUGAUGACAGUUUGGACAGGAUCUCAGACAGACACGAUGCUGCUAAAAUAUAUAAGGCCAAUACCUUGGAAAACCAACUAACCAAUAGACACAUGUCUGCAUUCAGAUCACCAGAGGCAACAAAAAAGCAACCCGGGGAUUCCUUCAGCGCGACCACCGCCAGCACCCCCACUUCCACCUCUGCUGCAACCCCCGUAAAGAAAAAGAGACAGUCCUGGUUUCCACCGCCCCCUCCAGGUUAUAACACCUCUCCAAGCACAGGAGCAGGCAGAAGGGAACCAGCUGUUCACCCUCCAAUACCUCCAAAGCCCAGUUCUCCAGUUUUAUCUCCUAGCCAUCUGAGACGGGAUAAUAGGCAGAUUUGUCCACCUAAAGCAAAUGCAUAUACAGAAACCAACAGAUCUGCUGAAAGGAGUAUAAGGCGUCAGGACCUUGACAACAUCGUCAAAGUGGCUACUUCACUUCAGAAAACUGACAAGGGUGAAGAAUUGGAUAAUAUCAUCAAAAUGAACAAAGACUUGAAUAGAAAUCAAGGUCUUGAUGGCAUCUUCAGAGCAACUCCUAAGGCAGAGCAAACAGAGAAAAGAGCUCAAAGCCUGGAGAGUCUCAUCUUUCUGAAUAUCCGGGCAAACAAAGAUGGCAAAGGAAACCAAGGCCUUGGCAGUUUUAUCCACGUUAAUCAAAAGACUGACAAAAAUGAGAAAGGAACUCAAGAUCUCUAAACAAUCAUCAAAGCAAAAGCCAGGGUAGAUAAAACUAACAGAGAAGGUGAAGACCUUGACAAUGCUAUCAAAAGGAAUCCCAGAGGAAGUGAAAAUACCACUGGAAAACAAGACCUCAGUGGGCAUAUUAAAGUGAAUCCUGAAACAAAUAAAAAUAUCAAGAGGGGCCAGAGUCUUGACAAUCUCAACAGAGUGACCCCUGAAGUAAACAGAAGUGACUCAGGUUCCAAAGACCUUGAUAACCUCAUCAAUGUGAAUCCAAGAACAGAAAAAAGUGUGCAAGGGGGUCAAAGUCUGGACAGCCUCAUCAAAGUCUCUCCUGAAACAAAGAGAUCUACCCAGAGCAGUGAACAAGGUCUUGAUAAACUUAUUAAUCUAAGCCCCAAAGCUGUCAAAAACAUGGCUGGAAAUCAAGAUCUUGACAAGCUCAUCAAAGUGAAUCCUGAAACUGUCGCCAACAGCCAAAGAAACCAGGAUCUGGAUAACCUCAUCAGAGUGAAUCCGGCAGCGGUCAGGAGCAAUCAGAGCCAAGACCUGGACGACCUCAUUAAAGUGAAACCUUCAGCUCUCAGGAACACGGAGAGAGAUCGGAACCUGGAAAAUUUAAUUGAAGUGAAUUCUAAUGUGUCCAAAAAUAAGAAUGGAGGCUCCAAUGCUGACCCCAGGACCAUGGGACCAAAGGAUACUGUUGUGUACACGAGAACAUAUGUGGAGAACAGUAAGUCACCAAAGGAUGGCUAUCAGGAGAACGUCUCUGGAAAAUACAUACAAACUGUGUAUUCGACUUCAGAUAGGUCUGUCAUUGAAAGAGACAUGUGCACUUACUGCCGAAAGCCCUUGGGCACACAAACAAAAAUGAUUUUAGAUGAAUUACAAAUUUGCUGCCAUUCCACUUGUUUCAAGUGUGAAAUAUGCAAACGGCCUUUGGAAAACCUGAGAGCGGGAGACAGUAUUUGGAUUUACAGACAGACGAUACACUGUGAACCAUGCUACUCCAAAGUCGUGGCAAAGUGGAUUCAAUAAUUCUGGCAUAUGGAAAUCAAGAUGAAAACAUUCAUCAAGGAAUUAAAGUUUUUAUUUUAAGAAUAUGUAAUUUAGAAAAGCUUUUACAUUGAAGGUUGACCUUUGUGUACAAUGAACAAUUCUGCUAUUGCAUAAAUAACCUAAUUGCCUUCAAAAAGGUCAUAUACAUAAAGGGAACCAUCUGUUAUCUGGCUAGAUUCAGUCAUGAAAAAUUCAAGUGGUUUCAGUUACCAGUGUCAAAGGAACGAUACUGCUGAUGGCUGU